GCCAUAAAACCUUAAUUGGCUGCAGUCUUCAACCUAAAGAUGAGGAAUCUCAUGUUUUUGGCUAGAAAAUUACAGCGUCUUUGUACCCAUUCAUUCAUAUUUCUCAUCCGUCUAAACCCGUUUUGGGUUCAUCUAACUUACUUCAUAGCAAUUUCUCUUUUCGGGUACUUGGCUUUGAAGAAAACAAAGCCAAGAAGCAAUUCCUUUACCCCCAAUGACCUUGAUACUUUCUUCACGUCGGUAUCUGCAGCAACUGUUUCAAGCAUGUCAACCGUGGAAAUGGAGGCUUUCUCCAACCCCCAACUCAUAAUCAUCACGGUCAUGAUGCUGCUCGGCGGCGAGGUCUUCACUUCAAUUCUCGGCCUUCUGCUUGCCCGCUCCAGGUUCCUCCCCAAACAACCGCGCCCUCUCGAAAACGGCGUCGAUAAUGAUAAAAUCGAAUUGGGUUUGGUUACUAGAACUGAACCUAACAAGAAGCAGUUACCCUGCUUAGUAAGGGGGUCUACGCUCGACGUUGUUGAACAAUAUUUGACUUCGAUUCAAAGUCACCAAAUUCCUCGUGAAUCCCAAAACUCUUGUACCAAUGACAAACAUUUAACCGUGUCUCACCAAAAAAACCUGGAAACUAACACUUACGAAUCCUUAAGUAGGGAUGUUCUUCUCAAGCACAACUCCAUUAGGUGUUUGAGUUAUGUGGUUUUAGGCUAUUUUUUGGUAGUCCAUGUGAGUGGCUCUGUUUUGGUAUCCACUUAUGUCAACCUGGUUCCAAGUGCCGAGGAAGUACUCAAAACCAGAGGCAUUCCCGUGCUCAUAUUUUCUGUUUUCACCAUCGUUUCUACGUUUUCCAACUGUGGUUUUAUUCCGACCAACGAGAACAUGAUCAUCUUCAAGAAAAAUUCCGGCCUCCUCUUGCUCCUGAUCCCACAGAUUUUUCUUGGCAACACGUUGUACCCGGUUUUCCUCCGAAUUCUCAUCUGUGCUCUGGAGAAAAUCUCCCAGCGAGGGGAAUUCCGGUACAUCCUGAGGAAUUCCAGGGAGUUGGGGUUUGGAGAUUUGCUCUCCGGCAUUCACUGUUGUUUUCUCGCCGCCACAAUGAUCGGAUUCGUGUUGAUUCAGUUGAUACUGUUCUGUUCCAUGGAAUGGAAUUUGGAGGAUUUGAAUGGGCUUACAUGGUAUGAGAAAUCAGUGGCAUCUUUGUUUCAGGUGGUAAAUUCACGGCACACGGGCGAGUCUGUUGUUGACCUCUCCGCCAUCUCUCCGGCGAUCUUGGUGGUCUUCGUCGUUAUGAUGUACCUCCCUCCAUACACUUCCUUUUUUCCGAGAAAAUAUCGCAAAAUGGAUUCAGAAAAUAACAAGGACGACGACCAGAUCAGAUCAACCUUUGUGGAAUCUCUCAUCUUUUCUCAACUCUCUUAUCUAGUCAUCUUCAUUGUCCUCGUUUGCAUCACCGAGAGAGAAAAGAUAAAGGACGAUCCCCUCAACUUCAAUGUUCUGAACAUCACCCUGGAGGUCAUGAGUGCUUAUGGGAAUGUCGGUUUUUCGACUGGUUAUGGUUGCAAAAGGCAGCUGAAACCUGAAAGCUAUUGUGUAGAUCGAUGGUAUGGAUUUGCAGGAAGAUGGAGUGACAAGGGAAAAUGGGUGCUCAUCCUCGUUAUGUUCUUUGGAAGGCUAAAGAAGUUCAAUAUGAAUGGUGGCAAGGCAUGGAUACUCUCCUAAGUCAUAGAAGAGGCCUGAUUUUAUUAACAUCUUGUGUAUGUAAAUAUUGCAUAAAUAAGGAUUUAUUUA